UUUUUCCUCACUCUCACACUCUGAACUCCGUGUUAAGGAAUCUCACAGCACAUACCGUCAGAAUAACGUGACGCUAAACUCGCUCUCUUCCAUGUGAGUAUGGAGCAUUUGAGUAGAAUGCUAGCAAAAAAAAGUUGAAAAUUCAGUUGAAAUAGAGUCAUUUUUCGGAUUUUACGGAGAAUUUUAAGGGGGAAAGAGGUUUGAAUCAGUUUUGACGGUGAGGAUUUUGGAGAAUUGUUGUUUGUAUGAUGACGAAGACAAAUGCUGAAACAACUGUGUUGAAUCCUUGCAUCAUUUCUUUCGAUCAUAAGAGGGAUGCUUAUGGAUUCUCUGUACGGCCUCAGCAUGUACAAAGAUAUCGUGAAUAUGCUAAUAUCUACAAGGAAGAAGAGGAAGAGAGGUCAGAUAGGUGGAAUGACUUUUUGGAACGUCAGGCAGAGUCUGCCCAAUUGAUCAUAAAUGGGGUGUCUGCAGACGGCAUCUCCAGCAGACCUGAUACUGGAUCAUUGUUGCAGAAGGCAAGCUCCUUUUCACAGAAUGGAGAUGAAGACAAUAAUCAAACCGUUGAAAAGCGUGGUUCUGAGGGUCAUCUUGAAGGUGCAAUAGAAAAGGAUGAUACAACAACCUCAGUUGUGAGAAAAACUCAUCAGGCCCAAAUAUGGUCGGAGAUCAGACCAACUCUACAUGCCAUUGAGGAUAUGAUGAGCAUUCGUGUAAAUAAAAAGGUAAAUUUGGCCAAAAAUGAGCAAGACCGUGGUCUGCAGGAACAUCCUCUUGCAGUUGAAGAGUCUGGUGCCACAAAAGGAGAAUCUGAAGAGGACUCAGAAGACGAAUUUUAUGAUUUAGAAAGAUCAGAAUCUAUGGACAAAUUAGAUGUGGGUUCCAUGCAAGAUGUUUCUCUAAAUGAAAAUAUUAGUCAUUUGGCUACUAAAUGUCAAGAGUCUUUACCAUCUUGGAAAGAAGAACUGGAGUGUCUUGUUCAAGGUGGAGUACCCAUGGCUCUCAGGGGAGAGCUUUGGCAAGCCUUUGUGGGUGUAAAGGCACGCAGGGUGGAGACCUAUUACCAGGAUUUGCUUGCUUUAGGCACUAAACCUGGUAAUAAUGCAGAGGAUAUAAGCACUGUAUCAAAGGAUGGAAGUUGUGUGGACUCAAGCAUAGAUACUGCAUUUCUUCCUGAAAAUUGGAGAGGGCAAAUUGAGAAGGAUCUACCCAGAACAUUUCCUGGACAUCCAGCUCUAGAUGAGGAUGGAAGAAAUGCUUUAAGGCGUUUACUUACUGCCUAUGCUCGGCAUAAUCCCUGUGUAGGCUACUGUCAGGCCAUGAAUUUUUUUGCUGGUCUGCUAUUGCUUCUAAUGCCCGAAGAAAAUGCAUUUUGGACUCUAGUGGGGAUUCUAGAUGAUUAUUUUGAUGGCUAUUACUCAGAAGAGAUGAUAGAGUGUCAGGUUGACCAACUUGUUCUUGAGGUGUUGGUGCGGGAGAAAUUUCCAAAAUUGGUUAAUCAUCUUGAUUACCUGGGAGUUCAGGUAGCAUGGGUUGCUGGACCAUGGUUCCUCUCCAUAUUUAUGAACAUGCUUCCAUGGGAAAGUGUCCUCAGAGUCUGGGAUGUACUUCUGUUUGAAGGAAACCGAGUGAUGUUAUUCCAUACUGCACUUGCUUUGAUGGAGCUUUAUGGACCUGCAUUAGUUACCACAAAAGAUGCAGGGGAUGCAGUUACCCUGUUGCAGUCACUUGCUGGCUCCACAUUCGAUAGCAGUCAACUGGUGCUGACAGCCUGCAUGGGCUAUCAAAAUGUUAAUGAAGCUCGAUUAGAAGAACUAAGAAAUAAGCAUCGACCAGCUGUGAAGGCUGCUGUUGAAGAGAGGUUCAAAGGACUUCGAGUUUGGAGGGACUGUCAGGGGUUAGCUUCUAAACUCACCAGUUUUGAGCAUGAUCCUGGAUCUGUAAUUGUUGGAACCACUGGAACAGAUAAAAAAACUGAUGAAGUGAUGAAUAGUGAUGCAUCUAGUUAUGUGGAUGAACUUCACAUGAACCUUAAUGGUAAUGUGGAAACAGAUUCUGCUCCAGAUCUCCAAGAACAGGUGGUCUGGCUGAAGGUUGAGUUGUCCAAGUUGCUGGAGGAGAAAAAAUCUGCUGAACUCAGAGCUGAGGAGUUGGAAACAGCGUUGAUGGAGAUGGUCAAGCAGGAUAACAGGCGGCAGUUGAGCGCACGGGUUGAGCAAUUAGAAAGACAGGUUUCUGAGCUUCGAGAGGCCCUUGUUGCUAAGCAAGAACAAGAGAAUGCCAUGCUUCAGGUUUUGAUGAGGGUGGAGCAAGAACAGAGGGUAACAGAAGAUGCUCGUAUAUUUGCUGAACAAGAGGCAGCAGCUCAAAGACAUGCCUCUCAAUUGCUACAGGAAAAGUAUGAAGAAGCCAUUGCUUCCCUUGCUGAGACAGAAAAGAGGGUGGUUAUGGCAGAAUCGAUGUUGGAGGCUACCUUACAGUACCAAUCUGGACAAGAUAAAGUACUACCCUCUCCAAGAUCUACGCAGCAAGUUUCAUCUCCUGUAGGGGGCAACCAAGAAUCAUCACUAGAGAUACCUGCUAGAAAGAUCAGUUUGCUCUCAAGACCGUUUGGACUUGGCUGGCGUGACAGCAACAAGGGGAAGCAGGCCGAGGAGGUUAAUGACACCAAAACUGUGAAUGAGGAGCAGAAGGAAAUAAAUGAUCAUCAGUUCGAGAAGAAAAUACAAGAGGCCUAAAGAUGCAGAUUCAUAUAAUGACGCCAAAUGUCGAAUGCCCUCAAUAUUGGUCACUAUAUUUUUAUAAUAGAGGUGAUAAUUUUUGUAUUCAGUUGCUUAUUCAUUAAAGUAAGACAAUAAUCAGUAAAAUGGUGUAAAGAAAAAAAAGGGCAUUUGGGUUACUGUAUUUGUAAAAUCAUUCUCAAUCUUAUGUAUUCCUCCCUUCAAUUGUAAAUCGUGCUGGGUGCCCAAGUUGUACAAUCACUUGAUGACAAA